AUGCAUGAAAAUGAGCUUGCUGGCCCCAUUCCUAGUGAACUUGGGAAAUUGAAGUAUCUCACGGACUUUCAUGUGAACAACAAUCAAAUUACUGGUUCUCUUCCUCCAGAAUUUGGAAAUUUAACUCAACUACGAAGACUUAAUCUGUUUUCAAAUCAUUUGGUUGGUGAGAUCCCAAAGGAGUUUGGGAAGAUGAUACUUAUGUUGGAAUUGUACUUAUCUGGCAACCAACUUUCAGGUGGUAUACCUCUAGAGCUUGGAUUUUGUGAAGUCCUUGAAGUACUCGAUCUAUCCAAAAAUAGAUUGAAUGGGACAAUUCCAAGAAGUAUAGAUCAAUGGGCACACCUCCACUGCUUGAAUCUUAGUAAUAACAAGCUCAUUGAGAAAAUUCCAUCCGAGAUUGGCAAAUUAGUUCAUCUUACGGAACUUGAUUUAUCUCAUAAUUUUCUCAUGAAAGAGAUACCAUCUGAAGUUCAAAGUUUGCAGAGUUUGCAAAAAUUGGAUCUUUCUCACAAUAGACUAUCUGGUUCCAUUCAUGACACUUUUACAAGUUUGCCUAACGGUAUUGAUAUCAACCUUUGUUUCAAUAAGCUGUCCGGUCUAGUCCCCCCUUACGCCAACUUUGUGAAUGCGUCCAUUGAAAGCAAUCCAAAUUUGUGUGGGAAUAAUACUGGACUGAAACUUUGUCCAAGUCAGAUUAUGAAGAAGAAAAAUGAUCCCUUUCAUCACAAGCUCAUCCUUGUAAUUACACUCCCCCUUGUUUGGACUGUUUUAGUUGGUGUAUUCAUGUAUGGCCUCAUUGCUUAUCAACAACAACAGAAAAAGUCUCCACAAAAACCACCGGACAAACAAAGUGGUGAUUAUUUCUCUGUCACAAGUUUUGAUGGAAAACUGGUGUAUGCUGAAUUCUUGAAAGCAACAACUGAUUUCGAUGAAGCAUACUCCAUUGGGACGGGAGGAUAUGGGACUGUGUACAAAGCUGAGCUACAACCUAACAAUGUGGUAGCUGUCUAA